AGGGGCUCCCUCUCUAACUUCAAGGGAGUGCGGUGUGGUCUGGAGGACUCCCUGUGUGACUGGGGGAGUCCCUCCAACCUCAGGAGGCUCUCGUAACAUUUUGAGGGGCUACUCUGUAACUUUGAAGAGCUACAGUGUAACUUGGAGGGGCUACAGUGUAACUUGGAGGCAUUCUUGCUGCAGCCUGGGGCGCUCCCUUGGGGCUCGGGGACUUUGUUCUAACUUUGGGGAUCCCUUCUAACUUUGCCGAGCCCUCUUGGUAGCUCCUGGAGCCUUGGGGUGGGGCCGAGCCCGGGCCGCUGCCUCCCAGGCUCUUCCGAUCGUGAGGUACCAAAGGGAACAGGUGCUGGAGGGCAGGAGGACUCGGAACUCGCCCCAGGCCUUCGAUGCGGGACUCCCUGGGGAGCCCUGCGCUGCUGAGAAGCUCUGCCGUUGGGAGCUCUCCAGGGAGCCCUGGGCCGUUGGGAACCCUCUGGGGGGCCCUGAGCCGUUGGGCGCCUCCUGGAGAGGCCCGUAGUGUUGGGGAGCCCCAUGGCGUUAGGGGGCUCUUUGGAGGGGCCCCUCAGGUGCAGGCUAUCUUUGGGGUCUAGCUUGGAGGGGUGGUGAUUUUGCUUCUAAACCCUGUAGGAGUUUUUUUCUGGGAUUUGCAUCCUCCCUUAGGCUUCCAGCAAAGUUGGCUGUCGUCUUCCCUACUUCCCUGGGAGCCCCAGUCCCUAGAAGAUUGUCCUCUGGAUGAAGAUGAUGAUGCCUUUCAGGCUCUGGGGGAAGAAGAUGAAGAUAUUGAUCAAUUCAAUGAUGACACAUUUGGAGCAGGUGCAGUUGAUGAUGACUGGCAGGAAGCACAUGAGCGCCUGGCUGAAUUGGAAGAGAAGCCAGUGGCAGCAGUUGAACAGACAGGCAAUGGGAGCACUGAUGAGAUGGACUUACUGGGAGACCAUGAAGAAAAUCUGGCAGAACGACUCAGUAAAAUGGUGAUUGACAAUGAACUGGAGGACCCGGCGAUCAUGAGGGCGCUGCAGACCAGGCCUGUUGUGCAGCCUGGAGGACUCAAUUCUAGCAUUUGGGAUGGUUCUGCAGUUCUGAGACGAAUACGAGGACCACUGCUUGCUCAGGAAAUGCCCACAGUGUCUGUGUUAGAAUAUGCCUUACCUCAGAGACCCCCACAGGGCCCAGAAGAGGAACGGGACCUUUCUGAGCGGGCAUUACCAAGACGUUCAACUUCUCCCAUCAUUGGGAGCCCCCCUGUCAGAGCAGUUCCAAUAGGCACCCCACCUAAGCAGAUGGCUGUCCCCAACUUUAACCAGCAGAUUCUGUGCCCGAAGCCUGUUCAUGUUCGUGCCCCAAUGCAACAGCGAUAUCCUGCUCCCUAUGGUGAGAGGAUGUCUCCAAACCAGCUCUGCGGAGUCACGAACUCUUCCCUUCUGGGCCACCCAUUCCCUCCCAGUGUCACACCUGUUCUCAGCCCUAUUCAGAGAGCACAGCUUCUAGGAGGAGCACAGCCUGGAAGGAUGUCUCCCAGCCAGUUUGCUCGUCUCUCUGGAUUUGUAAACAGUCCCCUUGCUUCCAUGAAUCCCAAGUUGCUUCAGGGAAGUGUUAGGCAACUGAUUCCUCCAGCUCCUGGCUUCCGUGCCUUCUUUGGCGCACCUCCACCAGCUACACCACCCCCAGCACAGCAGCAUCCCUCCUGCCCAGGACCUCACCUGCAAAACCUAAGACCUCAGUCCCAGAUGUUUAGACCAGACACAACUCACCUUCACCCCCAGCACCGUCGACUCUUACAUCAGAGACAGCAACAGAAUAGAAAUCAGCAUCGAACUAUAAAUGGUGCAGCUGGGGAUCGAGGAGGUCACCGAAGCAACCAUCAGGAACAGCUUCGAAAGGACCCAUAUGCCAACCUUAUGUUGCAACGGGAAAAGGAUUGGGUUUCGAAGAUCCAGAUGAUGCAAUUACAAAGCACUGAUCCCUACCUGGAUGACUUUUAUUACCAGAACUACUUUGAAAAACUGGAGAAACUCUCAGCAGCUGAGGAAGUACAUGGAGAUGGCCCCAAGAAAGAACGUACUAAACUGAUCACCCCCCAAGUGGCAAAGCUGGAGCAUGCCUACAAGCCAGUGCAAUUUGAGGGCUCUUUGGGAAAGCUUACUGUCUCUAGUGUGAAUAAUCCCCGGAAAAUGAUUGAUGCGGUGAUAACAUCCCGGAGCGAAGAUGAUGAGACCAAAGAGAAACAAGUUCGAGACAAGAGACGAAAGACUCUCGUUACAAUUGAGAAAACAUAUAGUCUUCUCCUGGAUGUGGAGGAUUAUGAAAGGCGCUAUCUUCUAAGCCUGGAAGAGGAGCGGAAAGCACUGAUGGAGGAGAGAAAGCAGAAGAUAUGUGACAUGUAUGACAACCUGAGGGGGAAAUUGCCUGGGCAAGAGAGGCCAAGUGAUGACCACUUUAUGCAAAUCAUGUGUAUCCGUAAAGGGAAGAGAAUGGUUGCCCGUAUUCUCCCUUUCUUGUCCAAAGAGCAAGCAGCUGACAUCCUCAUGGCAACAGCCAGGAAUCUGCCCUUUCUGAUUAAGAAGGAUGCCCAAGAUGAGGUUUUACCUUGCUUAUUGAGUCCCUUCUCCCUUCUCCUUUAUCAUCUUCCAUCGAUGACUGUCACCAGCCUUCUGCAACAGCUAAUGAACCUACCUCAAAGUGCAACUGCACCAGCACCCGCCAACCCACACCUCACUGCUGUGCUCCAGAACAAGUUCGGCCUGUCGUUGCUCUACCUGGUCCUGAGCCGAGGAGAGGAGCUGCAGAGCUCAGACACAUCAACAGAGUUAAUGCAGGACAACCAGUGGACAGAGCUGAUGUUCAUGGCCACGAGAGAGCUCCUGCGGAUUCCCCAGGCUACUCUGGCUAAGCCCGUCUCCACCCCAGCAAACCUGAUAUCCCUUUUUUCUCGCUAUGUAGACCGACAGAAACUGAACCUGCUUGAGACAAAAUUGCAGUUGGUUCAGGGGAUACGGUAAAAGAGCUCUGGAGGCACCUGUGUCUCCAGGUGGCCGCUCUCUGCACUGCUGCCAUCACCAAUGGAGUGUUUUCAGUGGGGGAGGGAAGGUGGCUCCUUCCCCAAAGCAAAGCCUUGUGGGAUUGUUUCUCAUCGAUAACUGGUAUUUGGAGACAGCUCGAUCUCCUGCCUCCUCCUCUCUGCUCUGGAAACUUGGCUGGCUAUGACUUUUGCUGGUUUCUACUCCUCACUACUAGGUCACAAUUCUGCAUGUCCUGCCCUGCCCCGCCCCGCAGUUCUUUUUAAUUUCACUGGGUUUUUUUGACCACAGAGUCACAGAUGUAAUCUCUUUAUAAUCUGAUGUUUUUCCAACAUUCAUGCUGAGAAUAAAUUAUAGCCCACCAAAAAUAUUCUCUUCCCCCCCACCCCCCACCCUUUUUGAUGCUUUCCAGUUCCUUGUCCUUAUUAACAAGACUCUAGGAGAGGACAUUAGAUAGAAAUCCCAAUAUUUGUGUUGUCUCCAGAGUUCCAAAGGAGUGAUGUGAUGGCUUGG